CAGUGACAUUGUCGCUGGGCCAAUGUCUCGGCGGGACUGCCAGAAAGCCAGUCAGAGAAGAGCAAGCGAGGCUAGUGGUAAAUGAUGCUGCAGACACCAAGGGGCUACUCGGCCAUCUGGGAGCGACCACAUGCAAGUGCUGUCCAGUCAAAUUCCUCAGCACAAAGCGGGCCUCUGGGGGCCAUUCACAGGAUGCGGGAGAUCGCCCAAGACCAUUGGUACCAUUGGUUCAGUCUCUGACAGAUCUAAAUCGUGCUGUUGGGCGGCACGCUCUCGUCCCCUAAACCGAUUCGAACACAAGCCUCUCGCAAAUACCGGUCUUCCAUUUCUCCUGGAGGCGAUAUGCUGCAGAACCAGCUGUAACAGGCAACUAUCGUUGUUGAGCACCGCAAAUAAUCUAUGUGACUACAGCACUAACACCACACUAACACUCGAACAAAUAGUCUGGGCCAGAGGCUUGCUAAACAUUGGAUGGAAAGCUAAUCUUCAUCACAGCCAUGGGGAAAAAGCAAAUACCAAUGGCACAAAGAAGAUGGACAGAAAACAAGCAACCUUUCCUCACUCCUCGCCGCCGGUGGGCUUUUCCUCUCCACUGUUUGCUCACACGGCUGUGGAAGCAGAGGUGUCACGCGGGGAGGCCUUCUUUUGAUCACCACCAAUCCUUCAACUUCCACACUCAUUUUCGGCCUUGAAUAUUGGAGAACUUUUACUCCCUCGUGCUCACUUCUGCCGCUCCUUGGCGUGACAAAAUCCGCAUUCCACUCGUUUUAUCCAUUUUCUAGCGCUCAAACAAGACCAUGUCGAACUCGGGAGCGUGGGGCGAGGCGCCGCCCGGCGUGAACCUGGCGGAAAAUCAGAACGGGGAUAUUAUCGGCUCAGUCGUCGGCAUCAUGGUCCUCGGGCUCAGCUCCGUCGUUUUGCGGCUUUUUACACGGCUGAUAAACAAGGGGCCGGGUCUGGCUGCCGACGACUAUGUUAUUCUUUUUGCAGCGGUUAUGGGCAUUGGAACGGCGGUGUGUUGCCUCAUCAGUGUUCCCUGGGGUGGCGGAAAGCAUCUUUGGGUGGUCACCCAUGAGGAGUUCACCAAGCUGUACCAAACCACCUACGCCUUCGUCAUCGUUUACAUCACCUGCAUCUCGGCGACCAAAGUCUCCAUCUUGCUAUUUUACCGCCGUGUGUUUGGGACAAACGUGAUUUGGUACAUCGUCUUUGGCUUCACCUGUGCCCAUUGGGCAGAAGUGACCAUCACAUGGCUCGCAGGGUGCAGGCCCAUCGACUACUACUGGCGUCAGUAUACCGACCCAACGGCCACGGGAUCAUGUAUCGACGCACCGUUGUUUUACUUUUGCAACGGCAUCAUCGGAUUGGUGAUUGAUGUGGCCAUUCUUUUGGUGCCGAUUCCCACAGUUUGGAAGCUCAACAUGCCCACCACCAAAAAGGUGUUUGUAGGCGGAAUCCUUCUCCUCGGCGGCUUUGUGUGCGUGGCCUCGGCCAUCCGAAUCGUCAUGAUGGACCAGCUCGUCAAGUCCCCAGACUUCACGUGGGCCAUGUCCAAAGUCUUCAUCUGGUCCUGCUGCGAGCCAUUCAUCGGCAUUGUCUGCGCUUGCCUCCCCACCUAUGCACCCUUGGUCAGACGCUGGUGGAGGGGUGAGCUGUCGGGAUACCCGGACACGCCCAAAGUGUACAUGUCGGAUAAGCCCAGUCUGUCCAAGGCUGGCCACAAGAUCAGCGGUAGGAAGCACCACGCGGGGCUGGAUGCAACUCUGCGAGGGGACGACGAAAUCGAGCUGACGGUGGACAUCUCGGGCGAGCCGGGGCAUCAUCUACCGGGACACCAGCGACAGGGUGACUCGAGAGACUCGUCAAAGACCUGUGUAAACGGGAAGAGCAGUCCAGAGGACUCAUAUCAGAAUGAGAUCAUGGUGAGGAAGGAUUUUUCAUGGAGCAGCAGUGUCUAAGGCUAGGCCCAGUUGAGGUUUGAAAGGGUGGAAUGUGGAAUGCAUAAUGGGAGGAGGGACCGGCGUUCUUUAAUGGAGGAGGUUUUCUUGACACUUUUUCACUUCGGCAUACACAAAGUUAGACAUGGUCACUACAGGCCUCUCAUCAAGCAGAGCAUUCAACACAGCCAUUCUCUUCUACAAAGUUCGGUGUGAUCCCAUAUUCAGCAGGCUCCGGGAAGCCACACGGGCCAUCCGAGUGGUUGAGAGCAGAGCUCCAACCGCUGACCAGUGCUAGCCAGGAUCACAUGUCGCGGUCAACUGAGCAAGGGUGUCCUUUGAGGCUCAAGUCCUGUGACACACGGUAGAUGCAGGAUUCAUGACGUAGACAAAAAGAACAGACUGCUUCAUUUCGUUUUCUAUCCUCGACCGUUCAUUCCCAGAGAUCGUCUUUUACCAACUCCACGAUAUUCUAAAUCAUGACUUCAAAAUUUGGCUUGUCCUUUGCUCCCUGAAACCACUCCCAGGUCUUGGCCGCGAUGCGAGUCGGAUUCCUCACUUCAUCCUCCGGUGCAACCUGACCAGCAACGUUGAUCACACCAAUAUGCACGCCCUCGGGUGUAUACGACAGAUUCAAGCUUUGCACAAGAUUCCUCUGAGCGGCCUUGACCAAGGACAGGUUGAAGAGCUGAGGGAUUGGGUGAUGCGGCAGGGCAGAGCUCGUCACGAUGAGCGCAGGCCGGCUUGAAGUAUCCGCUCUGGCCAGCGACACAAGGUGUGGUAUAUACCGCUGUGAGAUAAUGUACAGAGCGCUGACAUUGAUCUUGGGAGCCGUUAGCAACUUGCCAUUACCGUUCCAGCGCAGCGCGACUCACCUUGAAGUCGUACUCGACAUCCUCGACGGGAUGGGUCAAUAGCGCCGAUGGGAGAACACGAGCGGCGUUGUAAAACACCACGUCAGGUUUGCCAAAGGCGGCAUCGGCGUCGUCGAGUGCUUGGAGGAGAGAGUGCGUGUGUGUGACAUCGACCGCGUAUGUCCUAACAUUUAUCUGGCUGCUGACAGUGUUCAGGACGGCUUUUUUCUCUUCUUCGAGUUGCUCGGCGCGUCUGGCAAUCAAGACCACAUUGUUGUACCGCUUCGAGGCAAACAGCGUGGCCACCGACCGGCCAAUACCAGGCCCAGAGCCAAGCACGAGGAGAGACAUGUCGACCGUGUUGUGGGUGGUUGAAGAAGAAUGAUAAUACAGAUUGGGAGGAUCGAUGUCUCAAGGGAAACCAUAUAAGUACUUACCGGGUCCAAGAGGCUCCUGAAGAUCGGUAUUUGAGGGACUGAAAUUGUCCAUCAUGAUUGCUUCUUCCUCCCAAAAUGGGCUAGGUGACCAAGGUCGCUGCGGAUGAGGGGCUCGGCGACUCCAGGCCUUUCCCUUUUGGUUUGCUGCAAGCGCCUUCAGAUGUGAGCUUCACCACGUCGUUGGCUCAAUGUUGCAUGACCCUGCAUGCAUACAAUCUUCCGAUACUGUCUCAGCUCGCAACCAGCUUGACCGCUAUCCGACUCUGCGUUCCUGGAACACACUGUGCCGUCUGCACCGAACGCUGCCCGGCCAGCGUCGCGGACGCCGAGAAACGGCCCUCACAUCCAUUCCACAUGGUCCCGAGACAGGCCCAGAUCUCCGCAUGAAAUUUGGGAGAGCGCAAGACGGGACUGUUUACAUACUAACACUCUUCCUCGCCAGCAGAAUGAUAAUGCAAACCUCCAGUCUCUUCGGGCACUCCCGAUUUCAGCUCCAUGCUUGGUUUGGUGACAAACAUCAUUGCCCCGAUAGCAACAGCGACAAGACUAGCGACAUAAAACCACGGCAGCCCGAUCCAGAAUCCCGACUUUUUCAUGCCUACAUUGAAGCACCAAGCUAGUACUGGUCCGCCUAUCAGCGCGCCGCCAGUCUCGAGCAUGCUAAUCACGGCGUACAGCCUCGACGUGUGCUGGGGGUCAACAUAAGCCGUCGAAAUAGCCCGGCCAAGUGGCGCGCUGCCCGACCCAAGGGUAUGAAUGGUCAGGCCAAUGAGGAACACUGCUAUUCCUGUGCUGAACCCCUGGACGAGAGCUCCUGUCGCCAUGAGAGCCAGUGACACCCUUGUCAGCACGAGAUCCUUUGCGAAGAUGGAAACCCCAUAUCUGCCCGUCGGAUCGUUAAUCAGCUUUCCUACACGAGGCAGCACAACCAGGACAACCAAGUGAAGGAUGCCCAGUGGGGGCGUAAGCAGGGUUGUCGAAUAUGCAGCAAAGAUGGCAGGCUGUAUGAGGAAGAGUGCCAAAGAGCUCAACAGCUGCCUAUUCUUCAGCAGGGACAAAGAAACCCCAAACUCGUUCAUCGCGUGUCGGAGCUUUUUCGAGAGUGGCUGUCGUCCUCGCUGUGCCGCUUCUUUCAGCUGGACGGGCAAGGUUUCGGGAAGGAAGAGCAAGGCGCCGAAGAUGAAGGGAGUGAGAGCAAAGACGAGGGCAAUGGGACACCAAGGACCGAUGGUUUGCAUGAGAAUUCCGGCCAGGAACGGGCCUACCAAGGUUCCUGACACAGCGCCAAAGGAAAGAUAUAAGAAGCCAGUAGCUCUGAAAGUCGGUCAGUGGCAGGCAGAACAUGGGCUUGCGAUCUACUCACCUAUCACUUUCUGUACUGACGUCGGAUGCCAUUGCAUUGAGCGAGUUCAUGGCGACGGGGACGCCUCCGCCGAUUAGAAAGAACAGACAGCCCAUCACGACGAGGUACAUGUUGGGUGCCACCCCAAAGAACAGUAAGAGUGGCCCCCAUCCAAAUCCAAUGACGAUGCCAACAUAGGCGAGGGCAAAUGUAGGCUUACGGCCAAUUCUAGAUUCAUGUUGUUAAAUUGAGUAGUCAAGACAUCUCUGAUCAGGCUGCGUACCGAUCGGCGAGAACACCAUAUGGCAAAGCCGCCACAACACCAACCAGCGAAUUGAUCAUGGUUGAGAUACCACCAAGCAAAGCAAGCUCCUUCUGCACGCCGUCGACUUUGCACAUGUGCUCGUCGAUAGGCUCGGAAGGGUCUUUGUCGUAAUAAAGAUGGCAAAAAGCAUCUUCGAGAAGACGGAACAUCGGAAUCAUGUACAUCAUGCCGCUGGUGACAAUGGCAAACGUGAGCAGGGACAGCAGCAAGAUGAUGUUACCGGAGCUUUGGACCUGGAAACGCGCUAUGAUUCUGUGCCAUUGUGGGGGCUGCUGUGCUGGCUUUGAGCGUGUGUGUUGAUGGUAGAUAGCAUCGGCUGCCUGCUCAUCUUCAAGACUCAGCAAGGGCUCUGCUUCGAUGAACUCGGGAUUGGUGCUGCUAAUGGUCGGCAUGGCGGCUUGUGGUGUUUACCCGCGCAACUCGACAGGCCAUAACGAAGCAGGAAUUGGCUGGUUAAACGCAAUAUGCGGGAUACGAAACACGGUGCCAAGCCGCCUGAGGUCUUAACAUGCUCUCUUACAAUAGAAUUGUCCAACUGUUAGGGCACUAUACCCCUC